AUGUGGAAGGUGGAAGGAGAUGCGUUUACAAUAUCUCUAGUGCCGGAGGAUGUUGAGAAGCCCACAGCGAGAUUAGAGAAAGCAUUGGUUCGAGAUCGGUGGAUGGAUCCUGUUUAUGAAACAAUGAAAUUCACUAAGGAAACGAGAUCAGGGAAGAUGAAUCAGAAGAUCUACAGUUUUCUUAUGUCAAAGGAUGAUUUGAAUAGGAAUGAUCAUCGCGUAUCUAGUGGAUCAAAUUUCACAAUUUCAAUGAAGAAUGAUAACACCGUCACUGAACACGAAACAGCAUUCUCUGAUUUCACUACUACAGAUGAUUCCCCGAACAACAUUGAAGAACCUGAAACGGAUAUGGAGCUUCAGACUCUGAGAAAGCAAAUCGUGAAGGAAAGUAAGAGAGCGCAGGAUCUAGCAAAAGAGGUCGUCACUCUGAAAGAGGAUAGAGACGCUCUCAACCUAGAAUGCGACAACUAUAAAGCCUUCCAUAAACGUCUUGAUGAAGCAAAAGCUAAAGAUAGGUUGCAUUUCAAUAGAGGCAAUGCGUUCAAUCUCCUUGAAGAACUCAAACAAGAACUGAGUUAUGAAAAUGACCUAAAUGUCAACCUCCGUUUGCAACUCUGUAAAAGGCAGGAAUCAAACUCCGAGUUAAUCCUAGCAAUUCACGACUUAGAUGAAACCUUAGAACAAAAGAAUAAUGAGCAACUGAAGAUGCAAUACGAACUCUCCCAAAUAGAGAACCUGGAAAAUGAGAUGAAGAAGAUAUCAGAACAGGCAAUAAAAUCUGAGGAAUCCCUAAGAAAGAUUUGCUUACAAAACGCUAGUACCUCUGAGAGGCUUCAGAAGGAAUUCAGAAAGCUGUCUUUUCAAAUGACAUCCACGUCCGAAGCAAACGAGACAAUAGCUACUAAAGCCAUGGAGGAAGCAGAUGAGUUCAUGGAUGAAAUAACUGCAAUUGGUAAUCUAGAGGAGGUAAAGAAGAGAACGCUUGACAGUACAAAAUCCGAGUUGGAGACUCUAAUACUACAAUGUCACGAGUUUAAACAAGUAAAGUCAUCCUCGUACGACGACAACAAACAUCUACGAAACAUAAUCGAAGAGCUGGAAAAACGAAUCGCCACUACUAAUUGCUCUCAUGAAUCCCUAAAGGUUGGGAAGACGUCAUUGAUGAAUAGGUAUGUGAAUCGUAAGUUUAGCAAUCAGUAUAAGGCUUCUAUUGAAGCUGAUUCCCUAACUAAAGAAGUUCAGCAAUUUGAAUUUGAAGACAUAGCCUUAACUUUGCAGAUAUGGAACACAUCAGGACAAGAAAGGUUCCAAAGCCUUGGCGGUUUUUAUCGAGGGGUUGAUUGUUGUGUUCUCGUCUAUGAUGUUAAUGUGAUGAAGUCAUUUUUGCUUCAGCUACUAACUAUUUUGGCUAGCCCACAUGACCUUGAGAACUUUCCAUUUGUGGUCCUAUGUAACAAGGUAGAUGUUGAUGGUGGCAACAAUAGGGCAGUUUCAGAGAAGAAAGCGAGGGCAUGGUGCACUUCGAAGGGUAACAUACCUUAUUUUGAGACUUCAACAAAAGAUGGAAUGAAUGUUGAAGCUGCAUUUGAGUGUAUAGAUAAAAAUGUUCUAAAGAAUGGUUUCGAAUCGAAGAUAUACAUAACCAACACUAUUCCUGUAUUUAGUGAAUUGGGAUCUUCAAAUCAAUUUUAA